CCUUAUCCUAAACGUACACGUUUCUGCAAAUUUUAUUAGCAUGACUCGACCUCCUAUCCCCCCCCUAUCCCCACCAUCCCAGAUUCCGGGUUCUUGCAGUUAUUGUCAAUUGACCAAUUUGGUGUUUCCUGCACAAACUAACAGUAGCGGAGUGUUGGAUUCGGUUUCAAAAAUGGCUUUGGCUGCCCUGUUUAUCUAUAAAUCAAUUUCUGUAAUUCGCAAGUGGUUUAGCCGACCUGUCCACACCCGCAGUGGCGAUCCAGCUCAUAGUGGCACUCGCAGAAUUCUCGACACGAAAAUAACUGGAGUGGAAUUAGCGAACCUGAAUGGUUCGAACCAGAAUGAUUCUGCCGAAGGUUGCAGCAUUCUCGACACGAAAAUUACUGCUGGAUUGGAAUCAACGAACCAGAAUGAUUCUGCUGAAGGUUGCAGCAUUCUCGACACGAAAAUUACUGCUGGAGAGGAAUUAACGGAUCAGAAUGAUUCUGCCGAAGAUUCCAGCUCAGAGAUACUAGUUUGAUCAUGGAAAGCUCUUGCCUGAGUGUUGUCAGAGGGCUUUUGCACUGAUGUGCUGCUUUGGUUUACUUUUGAUUGCUUUGCUGUUUAGUUUUCUUUGAAUAAGCUAGGGUUUGGCUUGUUUUGUUUCGUUUGUUGUACCGUUUUGCUUCUCUGCAAGCUUUUAGUUUGAGUGUGUAAUAACUGGGCAGUUAUCCUGUUAUGUACUCUGCCAUGUGUUUCUUUAUCUUUCCCUUCAUCUGAAUAAUAUUUCCGAAUUGGACUC